GGAAGGCUGGUUACCAUGGAAUCCACCAUCUGUUCACUCCCUGCUGCCGGAAUGUGAUUAUCCUUGCUGGGCUGGGAACUUGGGGUAGGCAGGGGAGCCUGUGUGCUGCGAGAUUAUCUGCAAUAGACUGGGUUAAUGGGGAGGUUCCAUUUGGCUCACUGGAAGAGCAAAUAAAGAGAAUUGUACUUCGACCAUUUGUGACUUCCAGCCACAAGGAAUAAUUCAGCUUUUCUAGGGCAUCAGUACCUGUCCCGACAUCACUGUCAGUCCACCGUGUAUGACAAACAGCACAACCACAGAGGCUCAGGGAAUAAAUGGGAAGACACCAGCAAAAUACUCCGCUGCAAGCCCAAAGCCACAAGUGCCUCCAAAACCAUUACAUCUGCAGAAUUCACCUUCGUCCAAUAUACACCAAACCCCCAGGCAUAAAGCUUUACAUAGUGCAAAACCACGAAUGGAGGAAGCUAACCCCGCCCCUGCUUCUUAUGUCUCAAAAGAAAAGCCAAGUAAGGUAUCAGAUCUCAUCAGUCACUUUGAAGGAGGCAGCACCUCAUCUCAUUAUAGUGACUUGAAGAAAGAAUCUGCUGUGAGCCUAGGUGGGUCUCGAACCCCAGGAUGGCAUGGACUGACACCCAGACCACCACGAAAGCUCCUGUCCCAGCACCCGCCACAGAAGCAGGAAGAUGAUGCAGACCAGACUCAGGGCAAACAGACUCACCUGGCCAAUGGGAUAACGGCCACUCAAAACCAGAUGGAAAGUGAACAGGACAAAGAGACUGCUCUGAGCCUCGAUGUACCUAUUCAAACUGCUGAAGCCUCCCGUGACACGCACUUAGUAAAUGGAGAUAGAGGAGAAACCGCCACAGACGCUGUACCACCCACGCCCAUUGACUGUGAUGGAAAAGCUGCUGAGAGCCCCUGCAGGACUCCGGAUACCAACCCUGUGCUCCCCUUGAAGGAAAGAGAGGCGGAAAUGGAAGGCAGUGUAGAAGACAGAGAGGACGGACAAAGCCCUGUGGAACAGGAUCAGCUGGACCUGCACCACGAGACGAAGGAAACUAAUGAGCAAAAACUUCACAAAAUAGCCAAUGAACUUCUGCUUACAGAAAGAGCUUAUGUCAACAGACUUGACCUCCUAGAUCAGGUAUUUUAUUGCAAACUAUUGGAAGAAGCAAACCGAGGUUCUUUUUCAGCAGAGAUGGUGAAUAAAAUAUUUUCUAACAUUUCAUCAAUAAAUGCCUUCCAUAGUAAAUUCCUGUUGCCAGAGCUGGAGAAACGAAUGCAAGAAUGGGAAACUACUCCCAGAAUUGGAGAUAUCCUUCAGAAAUUGGCGCCAUUCCUUAAGAUGUAUGGAGAAUAUGUGAAGGGAUUUGAUAAUGCAAUGGAAUUGGUUAAAUGCAUGACAGAACGUGUUCCUCAGUUCAAGUCAGUGAUCGAAGAAAUUCAGAAACAGAAGAUCUGUGGGAGCCUAACCCUGCAGCACCACAUGCUGGAACCUGUCCAGCGGAUUCCUCGGUACGAGAUGCUCCUUAAGGACUACCUAAGAAAACUGCCCCCAGACUCCCCUGACUGGAAUGAUGCAAAAAAAUCACUUGAAAUUAUAUCUACAGCAGCAAGCCAUUCUAAUAGUGCAAUAAGAAAAAUGGAGAACCUGAAGAAACUCUUAGUAAUUUAUGAAAUGUUGGGAGAAGAAGAAGACAUUGUAAAUCCUUCAAAUGAACUAAUAAAAGAAGGACAGAUCCUUAAACUAGCUGCUCGGAACACAUCAGCACAAGAACGCUACCUUUUCUUAUUCAACAACAUGCUGCUAUACUGUGUGCCCAGAUUCAGCUUGGUGGGUUCAAAAUUCACUGUGCGGACCAGGGUUGGCCUUGACGGGAUGAAAAUAGUGGAAACUCACAAUGAAGAAUAUCCACACACUUUCCAGGUGUCUGGGAAAGAGAGAACACUGGAACUGCAGGCCAGUUCUGAGCAAGACAAAGAAGAAUGGAUCAAGGCCCUUCAGGAGACUAUAGACGCCUUUCAUCAAAGGCAUGAAACCUUUAGAAAUGCAAUUGCCAAGGAUAAUGACAUUCACUUAGAAGUUUCAACUGCUGAGCUGGGAAAAAGAGCCCCAAGAUGGAUCCGAGAUAAUGAAGUGACAAUGUGUAUGAAAUGCAAAGAAUCUUUCAAUGCGCUGACAAGAAGGCGGCACCAUUGUCGAGCAUGUGGACAUGUGGUUUGUUGGAAGUGUUCUGACUACAAAGCUCAACUUGAGUAUGAUGGUGGAAAACUGAGCAAAGUUUGUAAAGACUGUUUUCAAAUAAUAAGUGGAUUCACAGACAAUGAAGAAAAGAAAAGGAAAGGAAUUUUAGAGAUCGAAUCAGCAGAAGUCUCAGGAAACAGUGAAGUCUGCAGCUUUCUUCAGUACAUGGAAAAGUCAAAACCUUGGCAGAAAGCAUGGUGUGUGAUCCCCAAGCAGGAUCCCCUUGUCCUGUAUAUGUAUGGUGCCCCCCAGGAUGUCAGAGCCCAGGCCACCAUUCCACUACUAGGCUACAUUGUGGAUGACAUGCCAAGGAGUGUGGACCUGCCACACAGUUUCAGACUGACCCAGUCCAAGUCUGUGCACAGCUUUGCGGCAGACAGUGAGGAACUGAAGCAGAAGUGGCUGAGAAUCAUCCUCCUGGCUGUUGCAGGGGAGACACCAGAUGGCCCAAAUGAGCAUCUGGCCACCUUGGAUGAUCAUCCUGAACUUAAGAGAAAAUCAGAAUGCUGAAGUCCAGGUUCGGUCAGAGUGGGACCCCAAGCAAGACAAGCGGCUCAUGACAUUCCCAGCUCGCCUUCCUCACCUCUUAGCACUUUAUGUUGACAAAUACAUGCUCAUAAAAAAAUACAUCUUUUGGAGACUCUUUUCAUAAUUUGUAUACUCUUAAUAUUAGUGUGCAGAGCCAUUCUUCUAAUGAAGGUUUGAAAUAAUGUGAAAAAUGGAGCAUUUUUGAUUCCUUAAAUAUGUACAUUUAUGUUGAAGAAAAUGUUGUCAAUUGAUUAUAUCAUUAUCAGAUUAGAAUAAGCCUUUCGUUUAAGAAAUCCUUUGAUUUUUUUUUUCUCAUGUGUAGACCCUGUAACAGUUUUAAAAAUAUACCUCCAUGUGGCCAAAAUAGUUCUAUGGUUUAAAGAAAAUGCAGGGACAGUUUAGGGUAUUGUGUUAAUUUAUUUUGUUUAUAAAUCUGUAGUUGCACAAGUUGUGUGUUCUCUUAAAACACGAAAAAAGACAAAUUGUUGGUGUUCAGGUUUUGGCUUAAGAUAGUACUUGUUUUUUUAAAAGUACUCCUAAGAAUAAAAUAACUAAAUUAUAUAGCAAUUAUCUAUACACAAUAUUAAAUAUAAAUAUAUAUUAUAUCUGCUUUUCAGCUUUAGGCUCAAAUUCAUCUUAGAUUCACUUUUUAAAUAUAUAAAAGACUGUUUUAUCUCAGAACUGAUCAGUGUUCUAAACUUAAAUAUUUUGGUGGUUCAUGUUUUAGUAGUAGCAUCCAAGUGUAUUGAUGUUUUUAUAGUAAGAAAAGGCAGUAAUUUAUGUGGCAUGGGCUCUAUUAGUGAAAUCCAGCAGUAUUUUUGGGCACUAUUUGUUUUUGUUCUGUGCCUAUUUAAAACAGUGCCUCUCUUAGAAGGUGCUAUUAAUACCUAUUAAACGAUGAAAAUUUAGUUAAUGCUUAUUGAUUAAACAUUAUUUUAGUUAUUCUGAUUGUCCUGAAAUUAAGAUGUACCUCAGUCAGUGGUAUAGUCAGAAAUCACACAGAUUAUUUUACCUUUUAUAAGAAUAUAAUUACUAUAUUAUCAGCAUGUACAAAGUUUUACCAAAAUUUUAACCAUGCAAGACACCUGACCUUACACAGAACUGGAACAUGUGGAAUCUGCAUUUAUCAUUUUUGGGUUUUUGGUGGUU